AAAGAGAGAGAGAGACACACACACACAGAGCUUUAUAAAAGAGAAGGCAAAGACAAAGAAAGAGAAACCAAACACAAAAUUUAAUUUUUUAAAUUGUAAAAGAAAUGGGAAGCGAAAGGACGAUUGUGAGGAAGCCAAGGUUUCUAUGUCUACAUGGGUUCCGUACGAGCGGAGAGAUAAUGAAGAUACAGCUUCACAAGUGGCCUAAAUCUGUUAUUGAUCGACUCGAUCUCGUGUUUCUCGACGCGCCUUUUCCUUGUCAAGGCAAAUCUGAUGUCGAAGGAAUCUUCGAUCCUCCUUAUUACGAGUGGUUCCAGUUUAACAAGGAAUUUACAGAGUAUACGAAUUUCGAGAAAUGUUUGGAGUAUUUAGAGGAUAGUAUGAUCAAGCUUGGUCCUUUUGAUGGUCUCAUUGGCUUUUCUCAGGGGUCAAUAUUGUCUGGAGGUUUACCAGGAUUGCAAGCUAAGGGAAUAGCACUCCAGAAAGUACCAAAGAUCAAGUUUAUCAUCAUUAUUGGAGGAGCUAAGUUCAAAUCCACAAAGUUGAUUGAGAAUUCGUAUUCCUCUAUCAUGGAGAUUCCCUCCCUCCACUUUCUAGGAGAGACUGAUUUUUUGAGACCUUAUGGAACUGAGCUGAUAGACUCGUUCAAGAAUCCGGUGGUUGUCCACCAUCCCAAAGGCCAUACCGUCCCAAGGCUUGAUGAGAAGAGCUUAGAGAAAGUUACUGCAUUCCUCGACACCAUUGAGCAUUUGCUGAUGGAGGAAGUCAAGAUUGGUGAAGAUGACACUAGUGUCUAGUGAGGUAAACUAGAACACCUCACAGUGUAAUGUAUAACACCAAUAAUUCUUGUAGACAAAAUAAUCGUGAAAAUUGCCUGUAACAUCUCUCUUGAUUGAUUACAUUUUAUUACCCACCACCACACAAGAUAAUAAUAAACGUCGCAUUCUUUAGUUCUCACAAUAAUUCAUGGUACAAAGACAAAUACAAAAAGGAGGGGAGGAGUCAUCAAAAUCAAAUGGUACUAAAAAAAACAAUCAUGCAGAAGCACUUACAAAGUUACAAACAACAUUCUCUUCUUCUACUUCUCUAAGCUUACCUUGGCUGCUUCAUAAAAUUGUUACAAACUUUGGAGCAUCCUUCCUUGGGCCAUCAAGGGACCGAUACAUGUACAAUGUCUCCACAAAAUCUGCAUUGUUGUUGUCAUCAUCAUCGUCGUCAUCAGACCCAAACACCUCCACCACUACACUAGGCAGAGCGCGAGCAAGAUCCCUGCAGCUUCCAGGGGAUAA